AUGGCCGUCUCGCGCUCGCUGCGGCGCACGAGUCCGAUCUCGAUCAUUCUCGCCGCCAUGCUCGCCAUUGGCUUCUUCUUGUUCAUAUUCGACCCCAUGGCGCCUCCUCCAGUGACUGCGCAACAGCGACAAGACGAUGCAGCCACCCACCCUCUAUCGCCGCCCACGAAACCGUUUCUGAAGAACCAGGCCCAGCGAGCUGAUGGCUACCAGGCGCCGCCGCCCGUCGUGCAUUACAGUUUGAACGAUCUGACCUCGUCCGAGGCUGCGGCCGAACACGGCGAACGCAUCCUCAUCCUGACGCCCAUGAGCCGUUUCUAUCAGGGUUACUGGGACAACCUGGAAAAGCUCUCGUACCCGCACGAACUCAUUUCGCUCGGCUUCAUCCUGCCCAAAACAAAAGAAGGCAACGCGGCAACGACAGCACUGCAAGAGGCAGUAGCCAAGACCCAAUCGGGCCCCAUCGACGCACGAUUCGCGAGCGUGUCGAUCCUGCGCCAGGAUUUCGAGCCGCCGAUUCUCUCGCAGGAGGAGCACGAGAGGCAUAAAAUGGAGAACCAGAAGCUGCGGCGCGAGUCGAUGAGUCGCGCGCGGAACAGCCUGCUGUUUACUACCCUGGGACCCUCGACCUCGUGGGUUUUGUGGCUCGAUGCUGAUAUCAUCGAGACUCCGCCGACGCUGCUUGAGGAUCUCACGAGCCACGACAAGGCGGUGAUUGUGCCCAAUUGCUUCCAGCGGUAUUUCAACGAGGAUACCCAAAUGAUGGACGUGCGGCCGUACGAUUUCAAUUCGUGGCAAGAUAGCGAUGUUGCCCUGAACUUGGCGGAAAAGAUGGAGCCAGAUCAAAUUCUUCUAGAAGGUUAUGCGGACAUGGCCACGUACCGGUCGUUGAUGGCGUACAUGGCCGAGGGACUGGAAGGUUCCGACCCCCAUAACGAGGUCCAGCUGGACGGCGUCGGUGGCACAGCUCUACUGGUCAAGGCCGAGGUGCAUCGCGACGGGGCCAUGUUCCCGGCGUUUCCCUUUUAUCACUUGGUGGAAACCGAGGGCUUUGCCAAGAUGGCUCGACGAUUAGGAUAUACUUGUUGGGGCUUGCCUGACUACUAUGUGUAUCAUUAUAACGAGUAG